ACUCACGAGGCCUCCAUGAUCCAAGUUGACCGCCGGCCUCUCUCUCUCCUCCUCUCUCUCCCUCCCCCUCUCUCGAAACUUUCUCUCAUUUUCCCGCAAAAUUGGACUAGUAUAAAUCAGACGUAAACAACAAUCCAUUCACCAACCCAUUUCCACUCUCUCUCCCUGUUGCUCUUCUCUCUCUUGUUUCUCUCUCUAGAUCAUCAUCAUCAUCGUAAACAUUUUUUCUCUUGGCUUACCCGGUUUGAUUCGAAUCGAGUGGUUAUUGUCCAUCAUUGAAAACGACUUCGUUUCAGGAUGGGAGGGGUGGUGGACGAAGAAGGCAUAGCCAGGAAGUUCUGGAUCAAGUUCCGGAACGAUUCGGUUGUCGCCAUGUACACUCCUUUUUUAGUGUGUUUGGCUUCUGGGAAAUUGGAUUCCGACGCGUUUCUUCAUUGUAUCUCUCAAGAUGUUCACUUCCUCAAGGCCUUUUCACAAGCGUACGAAAUAGCGGAUGAUUGCGCGGAUGAUGAUGAAGACAAGGACGCUAUUCGGAAGAUGAGGAAACUUGUGAUAGAAGCCCUUAGAAUGCGCGAUGAUGCUGUUCGAGACUGGGGCUUUGACCUACCAAAAGAGAUUCCUUACAACUCUGCAACAUCAAAAUACACAGAUUUUUUACUAGCAACUGCCUCAGGGAAAACUGCAACUCCUUUUGAGAAGACAAAAGUUGCUGCUUAUACACUUGCUGCUAUUGCUCCUUACAUGAGGUUCUAUGCAUUCAUAAGUAAUGAGAUCCAAACUCUUCUAGAUCCUAAUGAUGGCAGUCAUAAAUAUAAGAAGUGGAUUGACAGUUACUCCUCUCAAAGUUUUGAGGCAUCAGCUCUGCAAAAUGAAGAUCUGCUGGAUAAACUAAGCAUUUCUUUGACAGGCGAAGAGCUUGAAAUCUUAGAAAAGGUCUACCACCAAGCUACAAAGCUUGAAGUAGAUUUCUUCUAUGCCCAACCAGUUGUUCAGCAAACUAUAGUUCCAUUGUCUCGAGUGCAUGAUCAUGCGAAAUACCAUCUUACUGUAUUUUGUGAUUUUGACAUGACAUGCACUCCCAUUGAUUCAUCUGCCCUGUUAGCGGAGAUUGCAAUUGUAACAGCACCAAAGAUUGAUCUAAAUGCAUCUGAAACUCAACUUGUUCGGAUGUCAUCAACUGAUCUGAAGAACACAUGGGGUGUUCUAUCUACCCAGUAUACUGAAGAGCUUGAAAAAUGCAUGGAAAGCAUUGUCCCCAGUGAAACAGUGGAAAAAUUCAAUUAUGAAGGCCUAUGUAAAGCACUUGAGCAACUUUCUGAUUUUGAGAAAAAGGCAAAUUCAAGAGUGGUUCAGUCUGGAGUAUUGAAGGGUUUAAAUCUAGAGGAUAUAAAACGGGCUGGUCAAGGUCUAAUUCUUCAAGAUGGUUGCACAGGUUUCUUCCAAAAGAUUCUUAAAAAUGAUAAUCUGAAAGCAGAUGUUAAUGUCCUUUCAUACUGUUGGUGUGGCGAUUUCAUUAGAUCAGCAUUUUCAUCAGGGGAUCUGGGUGUUGUGAGAGUAUAUUCAAAUGAGUUGGCUUAUGAAGAAUCAAUUUCCACGGGUGAAAUCAUUAAGAAGAUGGAGUCUGCCAUGGAAAAGCUUCAGGCUUUUAAGGACAUCUUAAAGGAGGGAUGCAGUAAUGACACGGAGCACUUGACAGUUUAUAUUGGAGGUUCAAUUGGUGACUUACUUUGCCUGCUUGAGGCAGAUAUAGGCAUUGUGAUUGGUUCAAGUCUAAACCUAAGGAGACUCGGAGAUCAGUUUGGUGUUUCAUUUGUUCCAUUGUUCUCUGGUUUGGUGAAGAAACAACAGCAACUCAUUGAAGGUGGCUCUCCUAAUUGGAAAGGGCUGUCUGGCACUCUUUACACAGUCUCCAGUUGGACUGAGAUAAAUGCAUUCAUUUCAGGAUCAUGAAAACCCCCUUUCUCUCAGAACAUACUCAGAAGAAAUUCUUACAGUAGGAUAUACAGGUAUAGAUUGUGGCUAAUUUUACCAAGCGCCACAUUAUCAGUCAGGUAUUCCUUUUUUCUUUUUGUCUCCAGGGACUGCAAUCCAGAGGUAUACAUAUAUCUUGUAUUUAAGGUUAGAUAAGAUAGCAAUAGUCAUUGUUGAUCUCCAUCACCUUUCUUUUUCAUCUUCAACUCAAUGUUUUCAAACUUGUCAAAAAGCAUUGAGGGGGAUUAAAAGAGGGGGGGAGAGAUGUAUCAAUUGAUUUGUCUAUAUGGAUUUUGGAUGUGAGUGGAUGCUCUUUUUUUUUUUUUCUCCUUUCCUCCUCUGAUAGUUGCUCCAUUACAAAUUGCAAUGAGGAAUUUUUUUAGUUCAGAAUAUACUUGAAUGUGAGGGAGAGUGAUUGGUGGCAGAUGGGCCUUUUGUAUACUCCAUUAGAACAGUUUGGAACCAUUGAUACUCAUUAAGUACAGUUGGGUUAAAUACCCUGUUUUGUGUGAUUGGGAAUAUAAAACAGAGAUGUUCUUAUGAA